GUGGCUUUGGCCGUGGCCUUGGCCUUGGGGUGGUACGGAUGGAGUCGCCCGGGGGCUGCUAGCCGCGCCGCAGGGAACCGGGGGAGAGCCUGGGAAGCCUCUCACUGCUUCCUGGCUACCGGGACAACACAGUUUGAGCAGGGAGGUGCUUUAAGGGAGGAGAGGAAGGCUCGGUAGGCGCUAGGCUACCUUGUUUCGGCCGAAAGUUCAGAGAUGGCGUUUAAUGAUUACCUCAGUCUGACCUACCCUCAAAAACCCCACCCAGGAGACUUGAUUGAAGUGUUCCGCCCUGGCUACCAGCACUGGGCGCUGUACCUGGGUGAUGGCUACGUUAUCAACAUUGCCCCUAUAGAUGGCAUUCCUUCAUCGUUCACAAGCGCCAAGUCUGUGUUCAGCACAAAGGCCUUGGUGAAAAUGCAGCUUUUGAAGGACGUUGUGGGAAAUGACACAUACAGAAUAAACAACAAGUACGACACAACUUACCGUCCUCUCCCAGUGGAGGAAGUGAUACAACGAUCAGAGUUUGCUAUUGGGCAGGAGGUAGCCUAUGACUUACUGGUUAACAACUGUGAGCACUUUGUGACCUUGCUCCGCUAUGGAGAAGGAGUGUCAGAGCAGGCCAACCGAGCAAUAAGCACCAUUGGAUUGGUGGCAGCUGCUGCUGAUGUCUUCACAUUUCUCGGCUUGUUUCCAAAGAGACAAAGAACAGAAUAUUAGCAAUUUAUUGAAGCGAUUGGAAUUGAAGAAAUUUGUGAGGAAAAGAAAAAAUGCUGGGGUGAAUACUUAUUUUGAAUGCACCGUUAUUGCUCCUGAUCCCCGUGAUGGAUGGCAGAUUCUGUAAUAAAUUGCUUGCUGAUUUUAAUCUUA